AUGAUUGGCAGAGAUAGCAGUGUUAUGAAGGCAUGGGAGGCCACGGUGAGGAAGACACAGGCAGUGGCCAAGAAGAGGGCAAACAGCAUAUUUGGGUCAGCGUAUCUUGCUCAUACAGAAGAAGAUGACCAUAAGGAACAUCCAAAUGGAAGUGAGCCAUCUGAACUGUACCAUGCAGAGAAGGUUCUUCCGAAUGGGGAUUAUUACAAGGGAGAAUGGGCAGAUAAUUUUCCACACGGGAAGGGAAAAUAUGUGUGGACUGAUGGGUGCGUGUAUGUUGGGGAAUGGUUCAAAGGGAAAACUAUGGGAAAGGGAAGGUUCACUUGGCCUAAUGGGCCAACUUAUGAAGGGGAAUUCAAGAGUGGUUAUAUGGAUGGAACAGGCACAUACACAGCCUCAAAUGGGGACGUUUAUAAGGGGCAGUGGGUCAUGAAUUUGAAACAUGGUAAUGGUGUGAAGACUUUUUCCAAUGGAGACAGGUAUGAAGGUGAAUGGAAAAGGGGGAUGCAGGAGGGGCAGGGGAGAUAUGACUGGAAGGAUGGGAACUAUUACACAGGGGAGUGGAAGAAUGGGAACAUUUGCGGUAAAGGGUCAUUUUAUUGGGUUGAUGGGAAUAGGUACGAUGGGUUUUGGGAAGAUGGUGCGCCUAAAGGGAAUGGAACUUUCAGAUGGGAUGAUGGAGGUUUUUAUGUGGGAAACUGGAGCAAGGAUCCGAGGGAGCAGAGUGGAUCAUACUACCCAGCAGGGUCAGCACAGGAGGGUCAUCUUGAGUGGGAUCCUCAACAAGUGUUCAAUGCCUUGAAUGACUAUACAAUUCAUCCAGGAGAGAAGGUUUCAGUUUUGCCAUCACAGAAGAGGCUUGCAGUGUGGAGGUCUACAAAGGGAGGGGAUGGUGCUAAGCCAAGGAGAAAGUCAGUGGAUGGAAGGGUAAGUGUGGGGCUGGAGAAGCCAAUUGAUAGAAUGCAAAUAUGGGGUAAUACCGAGGGUGAUUUCAGCGGUUCUAAAACUCCAACUGGUCCUUUAGAUAACGACCUCGUACCUUUAGGCAUGGAUAGUUCUGUUUCAAGAGGGACUCAUCUCCAAACCCUCAAAGCACCAACCAAAGCAAAGAGGCAGGGUGAAACCAUAUGCAAAGGACACAAAAACUAUGAGCUCAUGCUCAAUUUGCAGCUUGGAAUCAGGCAUUCUGUUGGAAGACCUGCCCCCACAGCAUCACUUGAUCUAAAGCCUUCAGCUUUUGAUCCCAAGGAGAAAGUGUGGACAAGGUUUCCCCCAGAAGGAUCCAAAUACACUCCACCCCAUCCAUCAUGUGAAUUCAAAUGGAAGGACUAUUGCCCAGUAGUGUUUAGAACUCUCAGGAAGCUAUUCAAGGUGGAUGCAGCUGAUUACAUGAUAUCUAUAUGUGGAAAUGAAGCCCUUCGUGAACUUUCCUCUCCUGGUAAAAGUGGUAGCUUCUUUUACCUCACCAAUGAUGACCGCUACAUGAUAAAGACAAUGAAGAAAGCAGAGGCAAAAGCUCUUUUAAGAAUGCUUCCAGCUUAUUACAAUCAUUUUCGAGCAUUUGAGAAUGCUCUAGUCACAAAAUUUUAUGGCCUGCAUUGUGUAAAGUUAACUGGAGCAGCUCAGAAGAAGGUUCGAUUUAUCAUAAUGGGCAAUCUCUUCUGCUCUGAGUAUACCAUCCAUAGACGUUUUGAUUUGAAGGGUUCUUCACUUGGGAGAAUAACAAUUAAGCCUGAGUCGGAGAUUAGUGAAACAACUAUCCUUAAAGAUCUAGAUCUAAAUUUCAUAUUUCGAUUACAAAAAUCUUGGUUUCAAGAAUUUUGCAGGCAAAUUGAUAGGGACUGUGAGCUUCUGGAACAGGAGGGGAUUAUGGACUACAGUCUCCUGGUUGGUAUUCAUUUCAAAGAUAUAUCAGAAAAUGGGGAACUUAUUUGUUCAGGAUCUCAUACUCCUGCAGGUGAUACAGAGAAUGAAGGAACUCCCUGCAUUUCUAGAGCAGAUAUAGAUCAACUUCUUCUAGAUCCUACCAGAUGGGAGAGUAUCAAAUUGGGUGUGAAUAUGCCAGCAAGGGUUGAAAGGACGGUGAGAAGAAGUGAUUGUGAAUUGCAGCUUGUAGGAGAACCAAUUGGAGAGUUCUAUGAGGUGGUUUUAUUUUUUGGCAUCAUAGACAUACUUCAAGAUUAUGACAUAAGCAAGAAGCUUGAGCAUGCCUACAAGUCCAUUCAAUAUGAUCCAACCUCAAUAUCAGCCGUUGAUCCAAGACAAUAUUCAAGGCGUUUUCGUGACUUCAUAUUCAGAAUAUUUUCUGAAGACUCUUGA